AACUGGUGAAAGCUGAGGCAGAGUACUGCUGAGGAUUGUGACGCGAGCGCAAGGGGAGCACCAUCCAAACACGUUUGUGAUACCAGAAAGAAACCCAGGCAUCCGAGGGACAGGCUGAUGGGCCAUCUGCAGUGAGAGGUGAUCUGUGGCUGCCGCUAUUGUCUUGCUGGGGCUGAGAAGCAAGUAGGAUGCCACAUACUGACCCUCCUGUCCAGCUGAGCCAAUGUCCCAGUCUCUGCUGCCUGGCCAAGGCUGCAUGACGAGACAGUUCCGCUUUGGCCUGGCCUUUCCUUAACACCUUAUGGACGGUUAAGACAGAAGACAUCAAGCAGGAUCAAACCCAAUAUACUUUAGUCCGGCUGGCCUGAGCGACUGACCCAUCCGUCCACGAGUCACCAUGAACUACCUACGCAGGCGUCUGUCCGACAGCAGCUUCGUCGCUAACCUCCCCAAUGGUUACAUGAUGGACCUGCAGAGUGGGCCUCGCACCACACCGCCCUCCACCUCCAAUCCGGCCUCCCCAGCCACGGAAAGGCGAACGCCCCCCAGCCUGCCACCACAGGCCCCUGCUCCUGUUCUGGCCCCGGCCCCGGCCCCAUGCCCUGCUCCGAGCCCGGCCCCUUCUUCUGGGGGCUUCCUCAGUUCCUUCUCCAGUGUGGUGAAGACCGCCCAGUUGGCGCAGAACGCUGCGGCUGCGGCCAAGGCUUCUGCAGCGGCGGCGUCAGAAGCUGCCCAAGCGGCACCGGCCAAGCCUGUCAUACGCAAGCCCAAGAUUCUACUGGUCAUCGAUGACCCGCUCACAGACUGGGCCAAGUAUUUCAGAGGGAAGAAGCUGAACGGGGAGUAUGACAUCCGCGUGGAGCAGGCUGAGUUCUCUGAGAUCAACCUAGCCUCCUAUGUCAACACUGGGUGUAUGGUCGACAUGCAGGCCACAAGAGGAGGAACCAAAGUGGUCAGAUCAUUCAAGCCAGACUUUGUCCUCAUUCGCCAGCAUGCCUACAGCAUGACUCCGGGCGAAGACUUCAGGAGCCUAGUGAUUGGACUUCAGUUCGGGGGUGUCUCCAGCAUCAACUCCCUGCUCUCCAUCUACAACUUCUGCAGCAAACCCUGGGUGUUCUCCCACAUGAUUAAGCUCUACCAUUCCCUGGGUCCAGAGAAGUUCCCAUUGAACGAACAGACCUUCUAUCCCAACCACACACAGAUGAUGACAACACCAACAUUCCCUGUGGUGGUCAAGAUGGGCCACGCCCAUGCCGGCAUUGGCAAGAUCAAAGUGGAGAACGAACUCGACUUCCAGGACAUCACUAGUGUGGUGGCGUUGGCCAGAACCUAUGCCACCUCGGAGCCCUACGUCCUGUCCAAGUACGACAUCCGGAUCCAGAAGAUUGGCAACAACUACAAGGCCUACAUGAGAACGUCCAUCUCCGGCAACUGGAAGGCUAACACAGGCUCCGCCAUGUUGGAGCAGAUCGCAAUGACUGACAGAUAUCGUCUGUGGGUGGACUCCUGUUCUGAAAUGUUUGGGGGCCUUGAUAUCUGUGCUGUGAAAGCCGUCCAUGGAAAGGAUGGCAAUGACUACAUUAUCGAGGUGAUGGACAGUUCCAUGCCUCUGAUUGGUGAGCACGUGGAGGAGGACAGGCAGCUGAUCACUGAACUCGUAAUUAGUAAGAUGUGCAGUGUGCUGCUCGGUAUCAACGCGCCACAGCCCAGCUCUGUCAAGCCACAGAUGACCCAGCCAAGAAGGGCCCAAGGUGGGCAUCGCUCAGCCUCUGGUUCUCCCUCCCAGUCAGCCCAGGGCUCUCCUCAGCGAGCCCGCUCAGCUAACACCUCUCCCAGCCAGGCCUUCCAGCCCGGACCCAUCCCACCUCCCACCGCCACCGGCCCCGGCUCCCAGAAACAGUCUCCUCAACUGAACAAAUCCCAGUCGCUAACCAACACCUUUACUGAGACCCUGAAAGGGAAUGCCACGGACGACGAGGCCAAGGCAGAAACCAUCCGCAGUCUCCGGCAGUCCUUCGCCAGCCUCUUCUCCGAUUAACGCCAACAGACUCCUCCCACCCAUCAACCCUGCAGAAGAGCUCCGAGAUGCCAUCAUGUUCCAGAGUGUUCCCAGUCAACUGACAGAGCAGAGGUUUCCUGUCUGCUACUUCCUAGUUCCUGGUUUUAACCAUUUAAGGCAGGUGGAGAGGAUCUACGUCUCUGAAUAGUUCAUGAAAAUAAAAGAAUAGACAAUAGUUAAUCUUGUAUUUAUUGGUUGGUGUAGUUUAGAUGUCUUUCUGCAUUUCACUGUAUUUUUCUUUAUCAGAUUGUCAUCGGAUUGGGACAUGUUUGUUUUAAUCAAAUUCAAAGCGAUAUUUAGCUUUUUCUGAGAUGAAGGCACUAUCACAGGAUUUGGAAAGGAAAAAUAAAAGCAUUAGAGCUAGGUUCACCAGCAUUGCUUAGCAUCUCACCAGUCUCAUUUUAUAGAAAUACUAUUGCCAUGUCUUGUAGACACAUACAAGUUGAUUGGCUUAUUCAUUAACUAUAAUAUGAUUUUGCCUCUGCCUUUGACUACCAAAGAAUUUUAAAUAAAAAAUUCCUUGAGUUAGAUCAAAAUAUGUAGGCCAUAUAUACAGUAAAUAUUCUGUCAAUUUGCAAUUUUACAAGGCAGAAAUAUAAUUCAAAGUCUUCCAUCACAGACAAUUCUUCUCUAAGUUCUUAGCAUUUAUAAACUAUCUAAUGUAAAUAACGCUAUGAACAUUUGUUUUUAUAUUGGCCAUUUGUAUCAGUACUUUUCCUUGUGUUUUGAAGGGUACAAAUGUACUGUAAGACAUAAGUGCUGACAUAUUUGCUUCAAUUGUUAAAUGUAAGAUCGGUUUACCUUUAAUUCUGUACAUUCUAUAUACAGUAAGGUUGCAAAUAGUCCUGUGUAAAUUACAUUUCUUUUAAAGCCUUGAAAUUGAAAGACGUUUUGGAGCAUUAUCAAUCUUAGACAUGAUUUGCAAUGGGUUUUAAUGCCGCUAACUUACAACCACUUCAGGAAAUGAGGUCUUCCUUGUAACCCUCUGUAACACUCAGCAAAGACAUAUUAACAGAUUCUAUCUAUGGUAGUGAUAGUUUCUGAUGUUAGCUUAGUGUUAGCAUAUUAUCUCCCCCAUAUUGCCUUCAGUUAUAUCAUAGUGGAGAAGAUAAGACUGGUCACAUGACUCGCUAGUUUGUGCUUCUGACUGAAGUGCAAACAUUUUACUUCUCUAGACCCGAAUGGAUUUUCUGAUUAUGGUUGGAAUUUCUGACUGAUAUGAAAAAAGGGCAGUUCAACUUAAUGGAAUGAAUAUUGUCCAAAACUUGUUUUGUGAUUGCACUUCAAGUUGCACUAUCAGCAAUAUGUGUGUAGUUAAAGUAGAGAAAUGCAUUUCUUAAAGCAGUUAAAACCGUUAAUAUGUUGGUCUUUUUAAAUUUCAAACCAUGGGCUUAUGCCAUUUAUAGUAAGGUACGUGAUUUUGCAAAAAACUAAAGAAAUCGGUACCUUUUAGACUGUGUCAAAUGGACCAAAUUAUUUGUUUAUAUUGUAAAACCUGUGAGUUUAAAUUAUUUUGUCUCUGUUGUUAAAUGUGAAAUACUUACAAAAUUACAGAAUAUUAUGAAAAGCCAUAACAAAGUCAUGAUUCAAUGUACAGUCUGUUUUAUUUUAUUUUUUGACAGUAUGGCCUUGGUGUUACAGAUCUCUCAAACUCUGUACUUGAUAUCUCUGUGAGUGUUGCUUAUGCUAGAGCCUGUAAGGUCAAAUAUGGGGUGCGGUGUGAUGCUAGAAGCUUGUGAAUGCCACACAUUUUCAUAUAUUCAUAUUUAUUUACUAAUUAUAUUUAUUUUAUUUUUUUUGCAAUUUCAGUAAGCAAAUAAUGUACAAUAACGUCCUGAAAACAUUCAGAAUUGAGUGGUGACAAGUUCAUCUAGUAACUACCUCAAUUCCAGCAGGUUGUCCGCUAAUAGUAGUUACAAUGAAUUAAGAUCAACAAAUUAUAUAUAUAAUUUGAGAUAAUCUGUAUGUCUGAUUGUAAUCUAACAUUGUAAUAUUGUAAUCCUAACAUUCAUACUGAAAAAUUUGAUGUACUGUAAAUAUGUAUGUACUGUACUUUCCAACUAAGUAUUUCCUGUGAGUAAAAAGGCAAUACACCCACUUCAGUCUUAUCUGUUAUCAAUACCUGAGUCAAUAAAGCAUGACAUGACUUUCAUAUCAUGACUUAUGGUACAUUUACAUUUAAUUGCAAUGGCUCAUUAAUGGCAUAAGCCCUUAUAAUGUGUGUGUUUGUCAAAGUGUGCCCAAUGCCAUUCAACUGAUGCUCAGAACACUGCUGAACAGCCUCUCAGGGCAUUGGCCAAUCAGCCUAAAGUGUGGUAUAGUUUUUCACUGAGUGUUAGCCGGGUGGCAUUGUGUGAAAUCGUGUGUAUUAUUGAUGCAAGUGUGGCAUGAAAACUGACCCCGUGUGUGCCUCUGGUGUAACAAUGUUGUCAUGUUAAUUGUAAUUGUCUGGCUGCUUAUAAUAUCUGAAGUGUGAUGCAUUAUGUUACUGUAAUUAAUGUGAGUCAUUUAGUUCUAGCCAUUUUAACAUUGUCUUAUUUCCAUUUUUUAUUUAAUCAAAAUGAUGUUAUUAAAAGUGACAUUUUGUAUUACA